CUAUUAUGUUGCCUUGGCAAUAAGCAAUAACCUCAGAGUGAAAAAGCUACAAGAUAGUAUUAUCAUCAGAACAACAGGGUGAAAGUUAGUUGUUAGUUAUUGUGUGGAAACUGCUCAGACGUCUUGAUCACAAUUGAGGAGGUAUGAACAGCAAGUACCCCACCAAAUUUGCCCCCGCUGACUGGCACACAUCGAAUCAUAUGAUAGCCUCCAGUGCUGAGAGGCAACAGAGCAUAGCCAGAGAUGUCAGAGAGCAGAGCAAGAUAGUGCAAAUUGAAACAGAUAAUAAGACCCGGUGGACACAGCAUGACACCAACACCAAACUGGAUGGGAGGAUCAGUGAAAUCACACAGUGGAAGGAAAAUCUGAGUCGAACUCUCACCGACACAGAGAAAGAGAUUGAAAAGUUGACAGAAACUAAGGAGCGUUGUGAGAAGGCUCUUGAGGAGAAGGCACUACCUCUCGAUGUUGUACUCGAGUGUUUGUCUCUGAGAGAGCAGAGAGUGUCCAUAGACCUAGUGAGGGACGACGUGGAAGCUGAACUGCACAAAGAGCUUGAGACGAUCGAAAGGAUCAGGAGCACUCUCCAUGCGAAUGUUAACUCUGCAUUUGAGCAAAUCUGUGUGCUGCAGGACUGUCACCAAGGGCUUUGCAUUGACCUCACAGACAAACACUCAGCACUGGCCAUUGACUCAGAAUGCUUGAACCUCUCAGAUCAGUCUAAGGCCAUUUCACUCCAGAAGGACCCCACACGCAUUAAGAAGAACAUAAUGACUCCUGAUCAAUGGGUGUCCUACUCCGCCCAUAACACGUCUCGAGCAAAUGCUGAGAUGAGGACCUCUAUUAGGAUAAGAGAGAGCAUCAACCACACCAUUCAGCAGACUGGGCUCCAACUGGAGGCUCAGUGGACCACCACCAACUAUGCCUUCCGUAAGAGGAUCCACGAGAUGGAGCAAGCUAUACACGAGCUGGAGUGGCAGCAAAAGAAUACUGAGACAGAGGUAAGAGAGGUUGAGGAUGAGAUCAGCUGUCUGGAGAAGUCACUGGCCCUCAAGAUACCUCCCAUGAUGGUGACACAGACACGACUGGAGAACAGAAUACAGCGACCUAAUGUGGAGCUAUGCAGGGACCAGACUCAGUAUCAGAUGGUGGAGGAGAUUGCUAAGAUUGGGGACUCUCAGCAAGCACUCAAGGAGAAGCUUGCCGUCACACAGUAUACACUGGGUGCCCUUCAACGCACCCUGGACCGCAUCAAGAGAGACCUUGAUGUGAAGACCAACUCCCUUGAAUUGGACCAGCAGUGUAUGCAAGUACGAGAGAAGCUAGCCCAAGACACCACUGAACUAACAGCUAGUCAGUAAAUUUAAGGAUACAGACUUUUUAGAACACACUUUAAUUUUAUCACCGGUUGAGUUGUACAAACACCAAUACAACAUGUGGCAUGUAUAAUGACAGAGUAAAAUUGGUUGUUAGAAUUCAAA